AUGUCGUCCAGGACGACCGUCGCGCAGCUCCGCGACGCGCUCCGCGCGAAAGGCCUGGACGCGACCGGGAACAAAGCCGAGCUCCUCGCGCGCCUGGAGCGAGCGUCGGGCCCGUCCGAAGGCGCGACGACGACGACGAAUGAUAACGCGACGACGAAAACCAAGAGGACGCGAUCUCCGGCGGGGAAGACGCGCGCCGCCGCGCCAACGCGGUCGACCCGCCCGCUGAAACGCCACGCGCCCGCGCUCGUCCUCCUCCUCGCGCUGACGCUCCUCGUCUCGAAGGUCUACUUUCCAAACUCCGCGCUCGGCGUCCUCGCGACGCGCGCCAAGCCGCAUCUGAUCCGAGCGAUGCGCCUGCCGAUGCGCGUCUUCGGCGGCGCCGACGACGACGACGCCAAGUGGCUCGGCGUCGUCAGCGCCAAGGUGGAGCCGCUCCUGCAGAUCCCCGUCAUUUUCGCGUUCCUCGGGAUCUACCAAGGCAUGUUCAGCGGCAACGCGCUGGAGAUCCCAGAGCGACUCACGAGGAUGUUCAACCGCGACUGGUUCAAGUUCGCGUCGCUAUGCGCCAUCGCGUUGCAAAGCACGGGGGGGGACCUCGAAAAUGCGGUGCUAAGCGCGAGCUUCUUUCUGCUCGUGAUGUACGCGCUGAAGACGCCGGAGGAACGCGCGAGGACGGGGUUCGUGUGA